AUGUCUGCCAUGGAACUGAUAAAAAAUAUUAUGGAAUUAAAUCGAGACCCGGUCAUCGAGAACAUGCUCAUCGCCCUCUCUGAGAAAAUUCCCAAGGAGUUUUCCGACUUCCUUGAGAGCAACAAGCGCGACCGUAGUAUAGAUCUGGAAACCCCAAUGAGCAGCCCGCUUUACAGAAAAGUUUGUUUAGAUGUAGACCACCACUUAAAGAAGUUUAUCUCCAACUUUGAACGUCAUCUUGGGAGUCAAGCUUCUUUGAAGCGUCUGCAUCAGUACAUUCGCAAUAAGUUUAAAUCCAAGUCAUCCGUUCCUACAUUGAAGGAUCAGUUUGGUUCCAUACUCGUCAGCGAACGUGAGAAGGCUGAAGCUUUGGGUAGAUUUUUUGCUGGAGUUUUCUCAGCUUCCAGCUCCUCUACUGGCGUUAUGGAGGACGCAAAUAUCGAUCACGCUGGAGCAGGAACAAGAGCAGAAACAAACAAGCUACUAAAGGAACAGAAACGGAAUCUUCCCAUUCCCGCAUUCCGAUUUCCGGUUUUCGCCCAGAGUUGA